AUGCUCAGGACCCUUGGGCUGGCCCUGCUGGCUCUGGUCAGCGCCAUGGGCCCGAGCCAGGCCAGUGGCUUCACAGAAAAAGGCCUCUCCUUGCUGAGCUACCAGCUGUGCAACUACAGCGUGACCCAAAACGUCCAGAAAGUGGAGGCCGUCCAGACUUCCCACCUGACCUACGCCCCCUGUGGCGGGUGGAUCCCGUGGAGGCGGUGCCCCAAGACCGUUUACAGGACCCGGUACCUGGCGGUGGAGGCUCCCGUGUCGAGGAACGUGACCGACUGCUGCGAGGGCUACGAGCAGCUGGGCCUCUACUGCGUCCUGCCCCUGAAUCGGUCCCAGGAGUUUGCAUCUAGACCAGGGGCCUGCCCAGCCGUGGGGCCGGAAGCGUCCACCUCGCCAUGCACCCUGGACGCCGACUGUCCUGGACUUCAGAAGUGCUGCCCCUCGUCGGGGGGCCACCGUUGCGUGUCCCCCGUGCCUCGAGCCCCAGAGAGGAACCUGGCCAGCUUUUGGUACAACGUGACCGUCCUGGUGAAAAUGGACUUCAGGGAACUCCAGCAGGUGGACCCCCGGCUCCUGAACCACAUGCGCCUCCUGCACUCCAUGGUCACCAGCGCCCUGCGGCCGAUGGACUCCGCUGUCCACCACCUACAAUCGGCCAGUGGGGACACCUCGACCACUGUGUCUCAACUGCUCCUGGGCCUGCCGCGGCCCGUACCUGUGGCCGACGUCUCCGCAACGUUGGACAGCAUCGUGGAGCGCGUCUACGAAGUUAUCAACAUCCGGGUGCAAGACACAAAUGAAUGUUUCUACGACGAACUCAAUGUCUGCUCUGAAAGGGAGCUGUGUCUAAACACAGAGGGCUCAUACCAGUGCCUCUGUCACCUGGAGUCACCGACCUCGUCUCCCCAGAGGCUGAACCGCACAUGUGAAGAUUGCCCCCCCAUCAGAGACUACAUGAUCCUCAACGUCACCAGCAGCAGCUUUCAAGUGUCUUGGAGUUUAAAUUCUACCCAGAGCCGCACCUUCCAUGUGCAGGUUUACAAGGGUGAGGAGCUACUCAGGAGUGUCAGGACCACGGGGACAACGCUGGAGGUGGCGGGGCUGGAGGCUGGGGUGCUCUACGGGGUGAAGACCAGCUACGGGGCGUGUGGGGCCCAUGUCACUGCAGUGCUGACCGUCAGAACCGAUGCCCAGGUGUUCGAAGUCACAGUAAGGAUCCUGAACCACAACGUGACGGAGAAGCUGCUCGACCGCAGCAGCCCUGAAUACCAGGACUUUUCUCGACAACUGCUCCACGAGGUUGAAAGCUCCUUUCCACCGGCGGUUUCUGACCUGUACAGAAGAGGGAAGCUAAGGAUGCAGAUUGCGUCCCUCCAGGCUGGGAGCGUGGUGGUGAAGCUCAGACUGACAGUCCAGGACCCCGAGUUCCCCGUGGGCAUCUCCACACUGGCCCCCAUGCUCCCGCCUCUGCUGGCAAGCACGGUGUUCCAGAUUGACCAGCAGGGGACACUAGUGCAAGAUUGGGACGAGUGUGCCGACAGCCUGGAGCACGACUGCUCGCCGGCCGCUGAGUGCGUCAACCUCGAGGGCUCCUACACCUGCCGGUGCCGGACGGCCAGGGACGCCAACCCCUCCCGCGCGGGCCGGGCCUGUGAGGGUGACGUGGUGAGCCCCACGGGAGGUGUGCUGUCUCCAGCCGCAAGGGUAACAGCUCCAGCUCUCGGCAUGGAAACAACAGCCCUUGGCCUGGAGACCCACACCUUGUCACCCAACCCCCAGCACCCAUGGGGCACUACCCCGGCAACAGGCCAGGCCCGGACCCCAGGGCCCCCGCCCAACAGAGGGGGCAUAAGCAUGGUCGAGCAGAACAGGAACAGCACGGGGCAGGAUGUGGAGGAGGCAAACUCCACCAUGGAGUCAUCCUUCUGGCCCACUCCUACCAAGGGCCCCACAGACCACGUCGUGUGGCACACCAGCCUUCCCACUCAGGACACACUGCCAGCACAUCUGGACCCCACGCAGCAGCAGAACUCAGACCCUGGACCCUCCGGCUCCCCAGACCUGCCUUCAGCCCCCACCUCUGUGUCUCUGAAGACCCCGGCCUGUGUUCCCGCCCCCAUCGGAAGGGUCACGGUCUCCAACGUGACCAGCACCGGCUUCCGCGUGGCAUGGGCGGCGGAUCUCGCCCUGCACCCCACUUUCCAGCUCACCCUGACGUCCACACGGAGCCCCUCGGUGCACCUGGAGACCCAGGAUGCAAGUCUGAUGCUGUCGGGGCUGGAGCCCGGCGUCUUGUAUCUGGUCGAGAUAGUGGCCAAAGUAUGUGAGAGAGAAAGUGCCAGAGCUCGCCUGAGAGUGAGGACAGCGGCCCAGAAACUCAAUGGGAAAGUCAGAAUCGCAAAUGUCGGAUACGUAGAAUCCUUCCGCAAUGCAAGCAGUAAGGAGUAUCGGGACUUCCUAGAGCUGUUCUUUAGGAUGGUGCGGAAUUCCUUGCCGGCCACCAUGCGUGGACACCUGGACGCCGGUGGGGUGCAGGUGGAGGUGAUCAGCAUCACCAACGGCAGCGUCGUGGUGGAGUUUAAUCUGCUGAUCGUCAUAGACGUGGAUGUCCGGGAGGUGUCUGCCGCGUUCCUCGCCGCCUUCCAGAACGCCUCUCUGCUGGAGGUGGUCGGAGGAGACACCUUCAUACAGGAUUACGACGAGUGUGAGAAGGGAGAGGACGACUGUGAACCGGGCACGUCCUGUCGCAACACCCUCGGGUCUUUCACUUGCAGCUGCUCAGGAGGCGCCCCCGACUUCCCUGUGGAAUAUUCUGGAAGACCCUGUGAAGGUGACCCUCCUGGCAACGCCACCCAGGUCCCUGGCCCAGAGCAACCCCCCACCCCAGCAGGCACUAGGGUGGCCUCUGUGCCGGGUGCCAACCUGACCCCCCAGGGCCUGCCCCGGCGGCUGAACCUGACCGGAGCGGUCAGGGUGCUCUGCGAGAUCGAGAAGGUGGCUAUCGCCAUCCAGAGGCGCUUCCUGCAGCAGGAGUCCAUCCCCGAGUCCUCCCUGUACCUGGGACACCCGUCCUGCAACGUGAGCGACGCCAACAGCACGCACGUGCUCCUGGUGGCAGGGUGGAGCGAGUGCGGGACCGUCGUGCAAAGCAACAUGACGAAUACGGUGGUGAGGACCACGCUGAGGAAUGACCUGUCCCCAGAGGGCAUCAUCCACCACCUGAAGAUCCUGAGCCCCAUCCACUGUGCCUUCCAGAAUGAUCUUCUGACCUCAUCGGGCUACACCCCGGAGUGGGGGGUUUACACCAUCAUCGAGGACCUCCACGGAGCUGGAAAUUUUGUCACCAAAAUGCAGUUAUUUAUCGGAGACUCUCCAAUACCUCGCAAUUACAGCGUGUCUGCCAGCGACGACGUCAAGAUCGAAGUGGGGCUCUACAAACAGAAGAGCAACCUCAAGGUGGUCCUGACCGAGUGCUGGGCCACGCCGUCCAGCAACGCCAGGGACCCGGUCAUGUUUGGCUUCAUUAACAACAGCUGCCCCAUCCCCAAUACACACACGAACGUGAUCGAGAACGGGAACUCCACCAAGGCCCAGUUUAAGCUGAAAAUCUUUUCCUUCAUCAACAACUCCAUCGUCUACCUGCACUGCAAGCUUCGCAUUUGCAUGGAAUCCCCCGGAACCACGUGCAAAAUAAAUUGCAAUGACUUUCGGUCACCGAGAAAUGGUGAGACAUUCAUAACACACCAGACGUCCUGGGGACCCCUCAUACGGGCUGAAGGCGAGACUCCACGUGCGGAACCAGGCCUGGGAGCUGGGUACCUCGUCCUCAUCGUGGUGGCUGUCUUUGCCCUGGUGACGGGGGCAGCCGCCCUGCUCAUCGUGCGCUACCAGAGAGUGACUGGCAAGUACAACGUCAGAGCCCAGUCGGAUAACUUCAGCUACCAGGUGUUCUACGAAUAG